AUGGCAUCCACAUUGACAACCGAGUCGCGCUCCUCGCUCCGCGACAAACGCAACGCGGUCCCCCUUCUGCUCUCCUCGUUCCCCGCCCCGCCGUCCCACAUUCCCUCAUCUCCGUUUACUCCCCUCGGCACCCCUCUUAGCGCGCCCCUGGGUACUCCCCUCAGCGCACUUUUUGGCAGUCCCCUCAGCGCACCUCACAGUGCCUCCGCACUCGGACCCCCGCCCACACUGCCGCCCUCGUCGCCACUUCCGCCCGUACCUGGCCCGUCGCCCAUCAGUGACCACGACACGCUGCUAUUCAUCACGGCAGCGCGUUCACGUCGCGCGUCAAAACUCUCGGUAACGUCGUCGUCAGGCUACUCGCGGCGCAACUCGACGGCCACGCUCGCGAGCAAUGCGAGCAGCGCCGCUCCCUCGCUCUCAUCUUCGGCAGGCGCAACACCUGCGGACUCGUCUCUGCGCUCCCUUAGGUCGUAUCCGUCAAACGGCUCGCUGUCGGCGUAUGCACGGCACGCUGACAAGUCGCCCAUGUUCGAGCCUCGCAUCUGUGAGGAGGACCCCGCGGAGCUUACGCGCCUGUCGCUCGAUGAGAUCCCCGCGCCGUCGCCCGCGCCCGACCUGAGCGACGACGAGAAGGUGCUCGAGCUCGGGCUCCCGCCGUCCCUCACGCGUCGGGCGCGCCAUUCCGCGAACGACUCGAUCUCGUCCAUCGACAUGCGCGACCUCCCCCCGCUGCACGAGGACGAGAUUGACGCGCCCGUCUCCGCGCCACCCGUUUUGCGCUCCCAUUCCUCGCAUGCUUCCGACUUGUACGCCUCUGCUCGCAAGCCGACCAGCAUCAACAAGGCCCUGCCUCCCCUGCCCCCGGACUCCCGCACCCCCGACGAGCCUGCGACGUUUCCGCGGUCAGACAGCCCAGACAUCAAGACCAUCCUCGCGACCACGCCCCGCCCGCACCGCAAGUCCUCCACGUCGUGUCUGUCGGGCCGCUCGCGCUCGCCAUCACGCUCGCGCUCGCAGCCGCGCCGCGCCCCGCUCCGGCGGCACGUCAGUGAGGGCCUCCCUAGCGCGCGCCGCCGCGAGGGCGAGUUGCGGCGCACGAGCGAGGCGUCGCUCCCGGUGCCCGCGCGGGGCGGCCGCCCGGAGUCGCCCACGGGGCUGGCGUACGCGCGCAACGCGUGGGUGGAGGACUCGUUCGUGUCGGACUAUGGCGUGCUGCUGGACGGGACGGGCACCCCGAUGGACGUCGUGGACGGGGAGGAGGCGCGCCUCGAGCGCGAGCUCGACGGAAGCGGGAGCGAUACGGACUCGAGCAUCGACAUCCAUACGCCGCUGCCGAAUCUGAUGUUGCGCCACGGCUUGUUGUCGCCCAACUCGAAGCUGCUCCCACAGGCGUCGCGCGUGGGCACGCCGUCGUUGUCCAAUGGCAGGCCCGGCAGUCUGCUGAGUGUAGCAUCCAAAGUCGACUCCGUUAUGACUAAAUCGGGGCUGUACAAGGACGGACGCGACACGGCAAAGAGGCGGCACCGGCAUCGCGACGGCAAGCUCCUGCGUGGCGGCAUCGGUUUGACGACCGGGCUCGGCUGGAGCGACAGCGAGGACGAGGAUGCGCCGUCCCCGCUCACUCACAAGCUCUCCGCAAAUACCCUCAAGAGGAAAUCCACGCCGUCGGCGUUUCGCUCACCUCAUCCCCUCUCGCGGAUCGGCAGCGCGACCGGCCUGAGCGCCCUCGCCAAGGACGGCCGGCCUCGCGAACUGAGCCGCUCCCCCUGUCCACAGGAUCGGCGCGUCAGUUCGAGCAGCGCCGCUUCGUCUACCGCUGGCGUCCCUUCCCGCACGUCUGUGUCAUCGCUGCGAUCGACGUCUUCCGCGGGUAGGUUGGCUGCUGGGACACUAGGCUACAUCCACGAACGGGAGGAGACACUAGAAUCCACGUCCUCAACAUCGAGUGCCAGCGUAUCCAUGCCUGUCACCCCUGUUGGGUAUGAUGGGCCCGGACUGUCUCCAAUCCUUGGCUCGCGGAAUGGGCGGACGAUGCAGCGCCCAAAGUUGGACGCCGGGCUCGCGUUCAUGGGCCGGUCGGUGAGUGGCGGAAGCAACCUUGCCGCUACGCCCUCUUCGCUGCCGUCAGCGCGGACGCCGUCAGUGCCGCGACCACUCAAGCUGCCACAAGUCCACGCUCAGAGCGGCAUUCGGCAUGCACGGGAUGGCGCGUACCAGCCGACGCUGUCCGCGAGCAGUAUGAGCAGCAUAGGCAGCAUGAAGAGCCUCGAGCGCCCUCGCGUGUCUGGCGAACUGCAGCGUCUCUCGCGAAGCGUCCUCUCGGGCGUUCCGCGGAGCGGUGUCCCUUCCACCACGCACAGCACUCCCGCGCCGCGCUCGGUCUCCAUGACGGCGCACACUCCCACGCGCCAACCUGUCCGCACGACUUCGUUGCCGCAACGGGGCGCCCCAGCACCCUCUCCUGAAAUCAAGCAAAAGCCACGGACGGGCACGGGCAUGGUGUAUCGCUCGUCGUCCGCCUCAGCACCGGCGCCGCGUGCUAGCAUGAUGCGCAUGCCGAGCUCCUCUCGCCUCCGGGCUGCCGCAAACUUGAACGCGGAGGUCGGGAUCGCACUCUGA